ACCUUUCUUUCUUUAUCUCACCGUUCCUUCAUCAUUCCAAUGCAGCGUCUGUGGUCAGCAUUCCUUUUGGCCCUGGUGUGUCUUGCCAGUCUAUCCUUGGCUGCUCCUACUGGUUCUACUUCUCCAUUCCCCAUGGCCAAAUGCCAUGGAUUCCAAUUAGAGGAAGCUUCCAUUGACGAAAUCCAACAGCAGUUGGCCAGCGGCAAGCUUACUAGCCGUCAGCUUGUUCAGUGCUACCUCGAUCGUAUUACGACUGUCAACCCCUAUCUCCACGCUGUCAUUGAAACCAACCCCGAUGCUCUUGCCAUUGCAGAUCAACUUGACAAGGAGCGCGCUCAAGGCAAAGUCAGAGGCCCAUUGCACGGUAUUCCCAUCCUUGUCAAGGAUAACAUCGCUACUGAUGAUAAGAUGAACACAACCGCUGGUUCAUAUGCUUUAUUGGGAAAUGUCGUUCCACGCGAUGCUCAUGUCAUUGCUUUGUUGCGCAAGGCUGGAGCCAUUAUUCUUGGAAAAGGAAAUAUGUCCGAAUGGGCGGAUAUUCGCGCUAACUCCUACUCUGAGGGAUGGUCUGCUCGUGGUGGCCAAACUCGCAAUUCUUACAAUUUGACUCAGGAUCCUGCAGGCUCUUCUUCUGGUCCCGCUCAUGCAGUCUCUGCCAACCUUGUCACAAUUGCUAUCGGGACUGAAACUGAUGGAAGUGUCAUUGCUCCUGCCCAGCGUGCUGGUAUCAUUGGUAUUAAACCCACCGUCGGAUUAACUUCAAGAGAUGGUGUCAUCCCUGAAGCUCACUCUCAAGACACCGUUGGUGCUUUUGGAAAGACCUUCAAGGACGCUGCCUAUGUUUUGACUGCCAUGCAUGGUGUCGACCCUCGUGAUAAUGCUACCUACGCGCAGCAGGGCCAUGCUUCCAAAGACUAUUCCCAGUUUGUCUCCAAUUCUUCAGCACUAAAGGGUGUCCGCAUUGGUAUCCCAUGGAAGAGAGUCUGGGAAUCAUCUACUACUGUUAACCAAUACCCCCAAUUGUUCAGUGCCAUUGCUGAACUUCGCAAGGCUGGUGCCAUCAUCAUUAACAACACUAACCUUCCCGAUAUUGAUGAUAUCACUCCUAACCCUCCCGGUUGGAACUGGCAGUUCAAGAACGGCCUUGGUCUUGAUAACCAAUCUGAAUUCACCGUUGUCUGCUAUGAAUUCAAGCAAAAUCUUAAUACCUAUUUGUCUGAACUUGUUUCAUCUCCUGUUCGUACCUUGUCUGACAUUGUCAAGUUCAACGACAAUCACAAGAGCAUUGAGGAGCAAUACUUUGGUCAGGAAGUUCUUGCCCAAUGCGACUCCAGCCCUUUCUCCUAUGAAACCUAUAUUGAAGCCAAGGCUUAUGUUGAUAACACCACUCGUGCUGCUGGUAUCGAUGCUGCCUUGAAGAACUACAAAGUUCAGGCACUUCUUGUUCCUUCCGACAAUUUCAGCCCUAGUACUGAGAUUCCUGCUAUGGCCGGUUACCCCAUGGUCACCAUCCCCGCUGGUAUUGAUGGUUGGGGUGUUGCUUUCGGUCUUGGUCUUUGGGGAACUGCUUUCUCCGAGCCUACUCUCAUCAAGCUUGGCUCCGCUAUUGAUGACACCCUCAAACGCAGACAAGUUCCUACCUUCUUGGAGCAUACUGCUACCAACAUUCCCAUUAAUUCUGAGAUUGGUGCCUACUAGAUUCAUAAUUGCAGCUUAAUAAUUUAUUUACUGUAGCUCUAAGCUUGAUUACCUUCUUGACUAUCCAGGUGAUAUUAACACUCCUUUACGGCUAGCUGCCAAUGGAAUAAAAAAAUGUCCUCUGGUAUUAGCUGGAUAAUCGUCAGC